AUGAUCACCGCGGCAAAAAAGCUAGGCGGGUCUGCUGGGUCGGAAGAUAUUAGAUAUGUCUGCUCCAGUGCCGAGGCACUUGAGUGCGACGUUGUCGAUGGGACCGUGGACCUUAUUACUGCUGCUACGGCAGCACACUGGUUCGACAUGCCGCGCUUCUGGGAGCGAGCUGGGCGGCUUUUGAGACCUGGUGGGAGUGUUGCUCUCUGGACUACGAGUACAGAAGGUGUGCAUGCCGACACACCGAACCAUGAGGCCAUCAAUCGGUCUUGGGAGGCGAUUCGGAAGCGGGAGAUAGAGGUGUUCUAUGGGGUUGGGAAUAUGGUUUCUCAGCAAUUGUAUGCUAAUCUUGGAUUGCCGUGGACUGUUUCGCCUACUGUUAGUGGGUUUCCGGAAGACUCAAUUUUGAGAAAGGAGUGGGGUACAGAGGGGAACGGGGAUGUUGAGGACGAAGGGGAGGAAUUCUUGAUUAAUGGGCAAACUUGGAGGGGGUUGGAUUCCUUCGAAGCUGUGAUGGGAACUGGAAGUCCGAUUACGAGGUGGAGAGAGGCAAACCCCUCCAAGACUGGGGAAGAGGAUGUGGUGAGGGUUAUGAGGAGGGAAGUGGAGAGGUUGCUUAAGGAAGCCGGUGUUGCUGAGAAAGACAUGGCCAUCAAAGCUCAGAUGACUGGGGUUCUGUUAGUGGUCAAGAAAGAAUAG